AUGCCAGGUCUAAGCUGUAGAUUUUAUCAACACAAAUUUCCUGAGGUGGAAGAUGUAGUGAUGGUGACUGUAAGAUCCAUUGCUGAAAUGGGGGCCUAUGUCAGCUUGUUGGAAUAUAACAACAUUGAAGGCAUGGUUCUUCUUAGUGAAUUAUCCAGACGACGUAUCCGUUCUAUAACCAAACUGAUCCAAAUUGGCAGAAAUGAAUGUGUAGUUGUCAUUAGAGUGGAUAAAGAAAAAGGAUAUAUAGAUUUGUCAAAAAGAAGAGUUUCUCCAGAGGAAGCAGUCAAAUGUGAAGACCAAUUCACAAAAUCCAAAACUGUUUAUAGCAUUCUUCGCCAUGUUGCUGAGGUAUUAGAGUAUACCAAGGAUGAGCAGCUGGAAAGCCUAUUCCAGAGGACUGCCUGGGUCUUUGGUGACAAGUACAAGAGACCUGGAUAUGGUGCCUAUGAUGCCUUGAAGCAUGCAGUCUCAGACCCAUCUAUCUUGGAUAGUUUAGAUAUGAAUGAAGAUGACAGAGAAGUCCUCGUUAACAAUAUCAACAGGCGUUUGACCCCACAAGCUGUCAAGAUUCAAGCAGAUCUUGAAGUAGCUUGCCAUGGUUAUGAACUCAUUGAUGCUGUAAAAGAAGCCCUGAGAGCAGGUUUGAAUUGUUCUACAGAAACUAUGCCCAUCAAGAUUAAUCUAAUAGCUCCACCCAGGUAUGUGAUGACAACAACGAGCCUAGAGAGGACAGAAGGAGUCUUUGUUCUUAAUCAGGCUAUGGCAGUCAUCAAAGAGAAGAUUAAGGAGAAGAGGAGAGUGUUCAAUGUUCAGAUGGAGUCCAAAGUGGUCACAGAGACAGAUGAGACUGAACUUGCAAGGCAGCUGGAACGGCUUGAGAGAGAAAAUGCAGAAGUGGAUGGAGAUGAUGAUGCAGAAGACAUAGAAGCCAAACCUAAAGAUGAACCUUUUGGAAAACCGUCCAAUUCAAGGAGUACGAAGCAGCCCUUUCUGGCUGUAACCGCUAGACUUGAAAGUUUUCCAGUAUUGAGAACUUCAAAGUUGAAAAUUUUUAUUUCCAAGUAUUUAAGUAUUCGAUAA